AUGUUCACAUUCAAUCUGAUGAAAGCUCUCGAGCAAGAACCCAACAUGACAGCAAUGGAGUGCAAGAAACGCCUCGCAACAUCACUCAGGAAGUAUGCACAAACUGUAACUGUUGCUUCAACAACGCCAUCUCUACUCAACGUUCCAAUAUUCAACUUAGUUUAA